UUCCCUUUCCCCCACUUCACUCCCCGCAAGUAUGCCAUCCCCCAAGUCUCCCCUUUCUGUCCUCCCUGCGAACCCCAUCCACUCCAGAAACAGCCACCACAAACGAGUACCACGCCCGCUCGCUCCGCCCGGGCAGCAGGUGCCAGCGACCGACGCUCCCGGGCACGCCAGAGAUGCGGCAGAGACGGGUAUGGCAAUGACCGUGGGGAUGGUACCCUCACCAGCUGGCCCAAUGAGGACCCUAGCAGAGGCCUAUGCCGACGCCCAUACUCACCUGCAUCCUUACCCCAACCAUCCACCUCCCGCCGCUCCAUCAUUAGCACCACGACGUUCCGAAACGCUUCCAGUUAAGGACGCCAAAGAACGGGAACGAGAACGGGAAAGAGAUAGAGACAGGGAGAAGAAACCUCUAUUUGAUUGGUUAGCCCGUAAGCUAACCACUGCCGGUCGGCGUCCUGGCAUUGAGACUACAAUGUCACCCAAGCAGCCCAGAUCGAGAACGAGGUUGACAAGUAUGCCGAAACCCCGAGCACUAGGGCUUUCGGGGGGAAAAGAGGAAAAGGAAACAGGAAGGGGAGAAAGUCGGGCCAGAAUGUCCAGGGCAGAUACAUUUCCCAGCGUAUCGUUCUCAAUUUCAAGUGCUGCAAACACGCUUGACCGUGAACGCCGACGAGAAGCUAAUAAUCCCUACCCUUCACUCCCACUUGGGCAGGGCUUGAGGGGAAGACAUAAGCAGGGGUUCAUGGACGAUGCGAUGACAUUGAGUACGACGCUGAGUGGUGGCUAUAGCGCGGAAAAUGAUGGAGCCAGUGGUAGUGGACACGGGACGGCAAGUCGAAGGUCGAGCCAAAGUGGUGUUCUGGAUGGUUUUGAAGAAGGUGAUAGUGGCAGAGCAGAUGAUGAUGCCAGCCUGAGACCGUUCCCGCCAUCUGUUCGAGAGUCGCCAACGCUUUCUUCAUACAGAUCCAGAUCAAACUCAAUGCUUCAUCAUUCAGCUUAUAGACGAACAAUAUACUCUGUCUCGUCUGCUGGAGGACUGGAUGAAGAUGGGGCAAGCUGUGACGGCAGUGAGGACGAUGCAGAUGAAGAUGCACAGGGAGCAGACGAGGGAAGAAGCAGGCAGCGGAGGGUGAGCAGAGAUGGAUCGACGAGCACAAAACCCACAACGUGCAUAUCAUUCGACUCUGGUCCUGGAAUCGCUCAUAUUGCCCAAGGGUCGCAUCCCAACGCCUCUCAUAGAUCUGCUUCUCAACAUUCGUUGACCCAAACGGGUGGUGGGGAAAGCAUUCCGAAUAUCCAUACCUCCGAAGCGAGCACGCCUGUAUCUCCGACGUCUCCUACUUCUACAUCGCCCGCAAGCCCUCCACAACCAGCCCUAGGGUUACUUCAAGCCCCGAAACAUACAAACCCUCAUCCCGGACACAAUCCACAUCCAUCAUCCCCCCCAGACCCCAACGCUUCCACGUUGACGCUUGCAUCAUCCAACUUCGCAUCGUCUCACACCCCUGGCGCAGGAGGUACAAGGAGCAGAGAUAAUGGGCCAUCAAGCGUAAUAGCUUCCCCAAGCGUUCUAACAUGGGCUGAGCCGUCGUCCACCCCGCUCUCUGUUGCAGGUGGCGUUGAGCGUGAAAGAGAUCGUGACCGAUCUGCAGCCGAAUAUCCCCCUUCUAUCCAGACUAUGGGUCACCUCUCACUCUACGCGCCUUCGGUCUCAGUGUCUCUUCGUGGGGGCUUAAGGGGGGUAAGUGGAGAGCGCGGGGAAGGAGGAAGAGCCGACAGAGAUGCCAGUGUGCGAGCAGUGAGGAGAAAAGGGAGUUGGGAGAGUUAUGAGAGUCGGUGGAGUUGGAGAGGCGCCGGCGCCGGCGUCGGUCCUGGCGCAGGCCCAAGUAAUGCCGGGACAUCCCAAAUAGCGGGGGCGAUGACAAGCGGGGAAAGGGACAAGGGCGCAGCAGGUGCGAACGAGGGGAAGGAAUUGGAAAGGGUACCCGAAAGUCCCCUGUUGUAGCAGUGAAUAAAUCUUAAUUUCAUGCAGUAACCUGUACAUUCAUAUCAUACAACACCCCACCCUUGCUUGCGUCUUCUUCCACCCUUUCUCUUUUACACACUCCACCAUAGACUUGCAACACCCUUGGCAUAUCCGACAAUCUCAUUCCCGCUCAGCUUACUCUCCCCAUAAAUUCUGUCCACAAAGGUGAUCGGAACCUCUCCCACAGUGUAACCCAAAGCCCGCGCUCGAACGAUAAUCUCCAUCUGGAAAACGUAACCCUUGCUCGUGCAUCUAGAGAUGAUGUCUUUGAUGACGUGCAGGCGAUACAGACGGAAACUGCCAGUCAAAUCACUAACGCCGGGGGUGAGGACGGUAUCUGCCAGGUAGUUGGCUCCGCGGGACACGAGUUUACGCUUGAGAUCCCAUCCGUAGACCCCACCAGGACCAAGCCCGAUAGAAAGAGAGGAGGCAGUAGGUUUAGGAGACGGAUGAGAGGAAUAUCGAGUCCCCGUGACAAUGUCGAGGUUGUGGAGUUUUUGAAGCCUAGCAACGUCAGCUAUAGUGGUUUAUUUACGAAAAAAAAACACUUUUGAGGCUUACUUGAUGAAUUCGGGGAUGAAUUUGGGCUGCAGCAAUAUAAGCAUGUAUCACGCGG